AUGCUGGAGUCGCUUAGACUUCCCGCUCUGCACGUGGAGGUUCCCCUAGCGGGGUCAGGGCAUCAUCUCUCGGCAUUAUCGCAUUCGUUACAAUGCCGUCGCGAUGGUUGCGUUCCUGUAGCUGCUACUGGUGCAGGACGCUCUGGUAAGGAUCCAGCGACCGUUAGGGACACCGGCAGCAAUUUGACGGAUUCCAUACUUGGCCGAGAGACGGAAAACGUUCGCGAUUUGUUCAAUUUCGGACGGGAAUUAGGAAGAGGUCAAUUCGGCGUGACUUACAUAUGCACGGAGAAGCGUACGGGUUUACAGUACGCGUGUAAACUUAUAUCGAAGAAACAGCUUAUAACGAGCAGCGACGUGGAAGACAUCAAGAGAGAAAUCGCCAUUCUACACCUCUUAUCGGAUCACCCGAAUGUGAUUAAUCUGAAAGGUGCUUAUGAGGACGAUUCUGCAGUGUAUAUAAUCAUGGAGCUCUGUACAGGCGGCGAGUUAUUCGAUCAUAUAAUAGCGAGAGGACACUACAGCGAGCGCGCAGCAGCGGAGGUCCUCCGUGUGAUUGUAUCGGUUGUGAGGUACUGCCAUGCCAACUACGUGAUUCACAGGGACUUAAAGCCCGAGAACUUUCUUGUAUCGAGCGACGAGGAGGGCGCGCCUCUUAAAGCCGUCGACUUUGGCCUGUCCGCCUUCUAUAGGCCAGGCAAUCCGCUGCACACUGUAGCGGGCAGUGCGUUCUACAUGGCGCCAGAGGUCAUCCGAGGCAGCUACGGGCCAGACGCGGACCUGUGGAGCGUGGGGGUCGUGCUCUACAUUCUGCUCUCGGGGUCUCCGCCCUUCUGGGCAGAGACAGACGAGGGGAUAUUUGAGGAGAUUCUGUGGGGCCACGUGGACCAAUCAGAGGAGCCGUGGCCGCAGGUGUCAACAGAGGCGAAGCAGCUGGUGCUGAGUCUGCUGCAGCAGCAGCCGGAGAGACGGCCCACUGCAGCACAGCUCAUGGAGCAUCCGUGGGUGAGGGAGGGUGGAGUGGCGGCCGACACGCCUCUAGCCCCAGCAGUCAUCACGCGGUUGAAGCGCUUUGCAGCCAUGAACCGACUCAAGCGCCUCACCCUGAAACUCAUCUCCUCGCACGUGACUGAUGCUGAGGCCAUGGGGUUGAGAGAGAUGUUUGAAGCCAUGGAUGGGGAUGGCAGUGGGACGAUUUCAUUGGCUGAGCUCAGGGAUGGGGUUGAGAGGCUCGGGGAUACCGUGCCUAAGGAGCAGCUUCGGCAAAUGAUGGCAGCGGCUGACGUAGACAGCAGUGGCAGCAUUGACUAUAACGAGUUUCUGGCAGCAACCAUGCGCGUCAGCAGGGAGACCAGGGAGGCUCACCUACAACAGGCGUUUGCCCACUUUGACACCGAUGGGAAUGGGUUCAUUACAGGAGAUGAGUUGCGCAGUGCACUGGAGAGGGAAGCUGGGAGUGCUGGGGUUGGCGAGGCGGAGAUGGAGAGAAUCUUUGCUGACGUGGACUCUGAUAAGAACGGCAAGAUUGACUUCUCUGAAUUCAGUGCCAUGAUGGAAGAAACGACAACCCAGAUGGAGCAAACCACAAGACUCAGAGCGGGGCCUUUAACCACCAACACCUCUGGUUAA